AUGCGACAUCUAAUACCAACGACUAAAGAGGCAGAUUCAAGGGAAGUAGCGAGGCUAUACAUCGAUAAUGUUUGGAAGCUACAUGGACUACCUAAUACUAUUGUAUCUGAUCGAGGAAUACAGUUCGUUGCGGAGUUUUGGAAGUCGCUUUGUAAUCGGUUGGAAAUAUCACUGAAAUUCUCCACCACCUUUCAUCCUCAGACAGAUGGGCAGACGGAAAGAAUCAAUGCUUACGAUUGGGCUCGAUUGAUAUCAAUGGCCGAGUUUGCGACAAACAACCAUGCUUCGGAAACAACAAAAGUUUCUCCUUUUUAUGCCAAUAAGGGAAGAAAUCGAAGGAUGACUUUUGGUCCUUUGGAACAUGAUCGAACGACGGCGGAGGAUCAAGCUAAUCUUAUUGCAAGAGAAAUGAACGAUCCUUCUAAGAAAUUCGACUGGAAACGUAAUGGACCUUAUAGCGUUAAGCGAAUUAUCAAUCCCUAUUCUUACAAGUUGGAACUUCCCCAGUCCAUGAAAAUUCAACCAUUACCACCACCUCCGGUCGAAAUAGAAGGGGAGGAAGAAUGGGAAGUCGAAGAUGUUUUGGAUUCGAGGAAACGAAGAGGAAGGUUCGAGUAUCUGGUACGAUACGUAGGGUAUGAUGAAGCCUCCUGGCAACCACUAUCUGACCUUGAGCAUUCACAUGAUAUCGUCAAACGAUUCCAUGAGCGUUAUCCCGGGAAACCUAAGCCUACCAGAAGGUAG